GUUGCGCUCUUAUUGAUCUCCAGCUGAGAUAGGAUGGGUGAGGAUUUUCUUUCUCAGGUCACAGCCUGUCGGGUUUCAGCUGCGCCGCCGCCUGGGGCGACUUUCUGCGUCUCUGGGGAGAAUUAAGGAGCAAAUCUCUUAGCACCAGCUUUGGGAACCCACUGAACGCAAAGCACAUUCUGCUCUCCGCGGAUCGAGUUCACUGGCCUAGCAAAUCAUAUUACAGAAACAUGUAUAUGUCUUUAUUUUUGCAGAAGGUUGCAUAGUUUUGUCUGAGCUGCGUCCAGCGGGUGUGCUGACGCCUCCUCUUUGCUCCCACCUGGCCUCUCAGAAGAACAGACGCUCGCUGAGGAGGAGAAUUAAGAGUUGCGUGUGUGGAACAGCUUUCUUUAAUCUCUGAUCUUGGUGGAUUACACCGAUGGACGGGAUUUAGCAUGCUUUCGCCACUGUUUUACGCACAUAGUGCACCAUUUUACGCGUUCUUAUUUGCGCCCUUGGCAUAUCAGGAUGGAUUAAUCACCCUUUUAUUUUUGAGUUUUUUUUUGUUUAUCCUUUUAGAGUUCGGGGUGUACAAAAACCGGAUGCUGCUAAAUGGUGAAGUUUUUGUCCUUGGAGCGAACGGACGCGCGUUGUUUUAGGAGCCAGCGACUUUCCAAAGACUUGUCUACCUAUUCCUCUGAGACACCCUGACCGUUUUCCCCUGCGCCUUCUGGGAUGGAAUUCGAGCUGAGACCCAGGCUCUGCUUUCUGAUCAGAGGAGAGAACGGAUAUGGCUUCCACCUGCAUGGGGAGAAGAACAAACGCGGACAGGUCAUCCGUCAAGUGGAGCCCGGUUCCACGGCGGAACUGGCCGGGCUCCGAGCAGGGGACCGGCUGGUGGAGGUGAACGGGGAGAAUGUGGAAAGUGAAACUCAUCAGAAAGUGGUGAACCGGAUCUGUGAGGUGCCCCACCGUACCAGGCUGCUGGUGGUGGACAGAGACACAGAUGAUUAUCUCCUCAGGGAAGGCCUGUCCUGCACAGAGGACAUGGCUGUUGAAAUGGGAACGUUGUCCCCGCGCCCCUCUCCCAGGCCCACACCCUGUGCUUCUCCCAUAUCCAGAGGAGACUCACCUCUGUUCCUGAAACCCAACUACAGACAAGUGUUUACUUUUCCUGCUGCAGAGUCCCCCACCCCUGCGAGCACCCAGGAUAAAGACAGAUCAUCGGUCACAUCCAGCUCAGCAACAGACACAGAGCUACAGAUGGGGCCUUCGCCAGAGCCGACAGAUGAGCUCCUUCCUCGUCUGUGUCACCUGGUGAAGGAGGAGCAUGGCUACGGUUUCAACCUGCAAAACGACAAAAAGAAAGGCGGGCAGUUUGUGCGUGCCGUGGACCCCGACUCACCAGCUGAUAGAGCUGGAGUUCGGCCUGGAGACAGAAUAGUGGAGGUAAAUGGAGUGAACACAGGAGGGUUGAAGCACUCCCAGGUGGUGGCGCUUAUCAAAUCCAGGAAAGAGGAAGUCCACCUUCUAGUGGUCAAUCAGGAGACAGAUGAACUGUUCCACACACUGGGAAUUAUCCCUACCAUUGCUCACAUUAAAGAGAUGUAUGUGGAUGAGCAAACUGCAGAAAGCUCCCCAUCCACUCCCUCUCCAACCAUCGAGCUGCCCUCCACCGAAGCACCAAUUGUAAAUGUCACUCUGACAGACGCCACGAUCACAAACCUUUCUCCAAAGUCCCGGGCCAAUGGGAGCACAGCUUCCCAGUCUUCCAGAAGUUCCACCACCCAGUCAGAGAUCAGCAGCUCAGAUAUGAGCUUCCAGGGGCCGUAUGUCACGACGUGCGCGGAGUGGAGCGGAGGAAAGGCGUGGAUCCAGACCGGGGAGGAAACAGGCAGGCAGGUUCCUGAUGAAGAUGACCGACGUAUUUCAGACCCUUUCAUGGAAAGUGGUCUUCGCCUGAGUCCUACGGCUGCUGAGGCUAAACAAAAGGUCCUCGCCACACGCAACAAGAAGAGAGCUCCCCCUAUGGACUGGAGCAGUAAAAAAGAGCUCUUCAGCAACCUUUGACCCAAAACAGAGGGAUUAACCCUCCCACUGUCCUAAUGGGUGUGACUCCGCGAGGAAAGUUGACCAUUGAGCAGGGUUGAUGGUUUAUCCCUUGAGGUCCACGUGGCAGGGGUGAGGAGUGAGCACCACCUCAUCCCUGCCACGUGGACCUCAAGGGAUAAACCAUCAACCCUGCUCAAUGGUCAACUUUCCUCGCGGGGUCACCCGUAAAGACAGUGGGAGGAAUUAAAAAACCUUUAAUGGAAUAAUCAUUUACUGAUUCGUCACUGUUUUUACUAAAAGGAUCACAGUUCUGUUUUGCACAAGCGUCGACGAUAAAGGAGACAGACUGUUCAUUGUAAAGUCAGUGUGUGAUAAGAAAUAUUAACCUGUGUUCUCUUGAUUGUUAUUGUUUGUAUUGCGAAUUUAGAUGCAGAUCCCUGCAGAGACUGAAAAGAUUGAAUGCACGACUAUCCUGCAGGAAAAGUGUCUGACUCCACUGGCUGCUGACUUUAUUUUAAUGUUUAUAUCUAAUGGUAUGAAAAGUUUUCAUUUGACUAAGUCUUAUAAUGAAAACAGAUAGAGGAGUUACAACAUGCAGAAGUUGUUUGAUUUCUCAAUAACUGCAGCUGCAGACCUUUCAGUGUCAUAAGAAGGAAGCAGAGCAUGAAGGUGGGCUUGGUUUAUUUAUUUUAUUACUUUUUUUAUCUGCGUGUUCCAGCACACUCAUGCUUUUAAAGCUUUUCGGCACUGGGUGGCGACACCUCUUAGCUUCCCAUGUCAGUCGUCUGAUUUCUCUAGAUUUUUGGCAAAAAUGUCAAAAGUAAUAAUAAUGAAAAAUGAAUAAAUCUCAGAGGCCCACUGUGAAAAAGUUGCCGUUUCAUGUAAUUUAAAGUUGCAAGCAGGCAAAGCAAGUUGAGUAUUCAUCGUUUUUCAGAUUAGAUUUUGUAUAAUUGUAAAUAAAGCGUUUUGAUUAUAAAAUGAA